AAACUAUUCAGUCUUCCCCACUUGGGAUGCUUCACACUGUUCCACUCAGCUGUCUCUUUCUUCUCUCUCUCUCACCAGCCAAUCCCUCCCCAUCUCACUCUCUCUGUCUCUCACUCUCAACUCUCAACGCCCUUGCUUUUCCAUCUUCCUUUCCUUUCCUUUGUUUCCCUCCCAUUUUUUUUUUUUAAUUUUUGGUCCAAAAAUGCCAAUCAACAAAGACCCUUGUACUCCCCCGCCCAUGAUCGGCAAGAUCGGCCCCUACACUGUCUUCGUUACCCCUCCUUCUACCCCUACCCCCAGUGAACCACCUAUCUUUGAAUCUCCCAAGAAGGUGGUGGCGCCUCCUGCUGCUCCUCCUAAGGUCCAGCCGCCUCCCCAACAGUUUGAUAAGUCUUUUGUUGCUUCCCAUUCUGAUGGCUCCCUUCUGGGUUUCUUAAAAAAUGCUGCCUUUAAGGUCCAAAAUGCUCAUUCAAGCUUGGAUGACUAUUUAGCUCGCUGGUUUGGCUUAAAUCAUUCCAAGUAUCAGUGGGCAUUGGACGAUUAUUAUGAGAGCAAGGGAUUGGAAAAGGAAGGUGUAAAAGUGAAAGAAACAUCUAGCAAAAUACAGACUGUGUAGCAUACUUCUUGGGCUGAACUUGCACCAAGUGAGGAUGCUUGUUGUGUCUCUUUUUUGCAUUAUAUCUAUAUAUUUAAUGGAAGGAAUGGGCAAAAGACAUUUGGAUUCUUGAAGGGAACUUUGAAGACAUGUGGGGAUCAGAUCAGAUUGAAUGUGCUUCUCUACCUACUAUUGCAGCAGCUAAACUGAAGCUUGUUUGUGUACUAGGCUAGGAGUUUGUGUAAUCUCCUUGCAAAGUCAAUUUCUAUCAGUGAGAUUGCUAUAAACUGUCAAGGACAUACUCUUCAUGUAUUGUAUUUUUAUUUUAUUACAAGCAUCGUUUUGUAGCACUAAUUUCUCAUUCAUGCAUCUUUUUUAAAUCUGAUGAUUCUUAUAUUUCUUGUGUAUAAAAUAUAUUAAAA